AUGUCUCAGGAAAAUGAACUUACCAUUGCUCAGUUAUCACUUAAAAUGGAUGCUAUGUGGAAAGAAAUGCAAAGGAGACUGGACCAGCGACUGGAAACGAUCCAUGAGCAGAUUGAUCACCUAAGUUCAUCUAGGGCUUCAUCUAGGAAAUCUAAAGAAAAAUCCGCCCUGGAGGAAUCUAGUGACUCCAACGCCGAUUCGGACCGUGAGACCUACAGGCAAAGGAGACCGAAGAGAAACACAAGCGCAAUUGGUGAUGCAAUCAAAGGGAUUAAGAUGAAGAUUCCUCCAUUCCAAGGCAAAUCCGAUCCGGCUACAUACCUUGAAUGGGAGAGUCGGGUAGAACUCGUAUUCGAUUGUAAUGACUACACCGAUGCACAGAAAUUGAGACUUGCCAUAGUAGAGUUCACCGACUAUGCCAUUGUUUGGUGGGAACAAAUGGCUACCAGCAGGAGAAGGUGUGGCGAACCACCUAUCACCACUUGGACUGAGCUCAAGCGACUUAUGAAGAAGCGAUUUGUACCAAGUCACUACCAUAGAGACUUGUACCAAAAACUUCAAACCUUGACACAAGGUCAACGCUCAGUUGAGGACUACUACAAGGACAUGGAAAUCUCCAUGUUAAGAGCUGAUAUUCAAGAAGAUCGAGAGGCUACAAUGGCAAGAUUUCUCAGUGGUCUAAGGGCUGAAAUAGCCGACCAACUUGAGCUUCAAUACUAUGUGGAGAUAGAUGAUAUGGUGGACAAGGCUAUCAAAAUUGAGCAGAGACUCAAGCGGAGGGGAUCCACCACCAGAAAUUAUAGCACUAAUCCACAUCCAUCUACUCGACCAUUCCAGCCCAGGAGGGAGGAGCGAAGCCCAAACGCUUGGAAUUCCCAAAAGCCAAAACAAGACCAAGGGUCAAGCUCACGGCCACCUUUUGCCAAAUCCGACUCCAAGGUUGUUUCCAAGCCACCAUUCGAAACUUCAAAACCUAGGAGUCGUGACACCAAAUGUUGGAGGUGUCAAGGAGUUGGGCAUAUUGCAAGCCAAUGUCCAAACCCACGGGCCAUGCUUGUCCUACCAAAUGGAGACAUUGUCACUGAUGAUGAGGAGGAGGAUUACAAAGACAUGCCUCCCCUGGUUGAAGAUGCGAUAGAGGAAGAUGAGAUAGAGGAAGUUCCAACUCAAGACAAGGUUGGAUUGGUAGCAAGAAGGGCACUAGCUACUCAAGCUAGUAAGGAUGAGCUUCAACGUGACAACAUCUUCUACACUAGGUGCCAUGUGACCAAUAAGGUAUGCAGUUUGGUGAUUGACCCCGGAAGUUGCACUAAUGUUGCUAGUGCAUUGAUGGUGGAAAAACUAAACUUGCCAACUAGUGAACACCCCCGUCCCUACAAGCUUCAGUGGUUAAACAACAAUGGAGAGAUUACACUUGCACCUCUUACACCUCAACAAGUGCAUGAGGAUCAAGUUAGUCUCCAAAAAGAGUAUGACUUACAUACUACCGCCAAGAAGGACAACACCAAAGCCAAGAAAUUGGUAUUGGCCGAUCCUUCUUCAAGCAAGUUGGACCCCUCUCAUUCGGCCUUUGAGCCCACACGGGAGAGAAAAUCCAGCAUGCUUGCCAAGGUAAAAGAUGUGAGAAAGGCCUUGCACUCUAACCAGGAGUAUCAAGAUGUCUUUCCUGAGGAUAUACCUACUGGUUUGCCUCCAUUAAGGGGAAUUGAACAUCAAAUUGAUUUCAUCCCUGGAUCUUCCCUUCCAAACAAGGCACCAUAUAGGACCAAUCCUGAGGAAACCAAGGAGCAACAACGACAAGUGGAGGAGUUGCUUGGUAAAGGUUGGAUUCAAGAGAGUCUAAGCCCUUGUGCUGUACCAGUUCUACUUGUUCCAAAGAAGGAUGGAGGAUGGCGCAUGUGCACUGAUUGUAGGGCAAUUAAUGCCAUAACGGGAAUUCAUGUUGAUCAAGAAAAGGUGAAGGCUAUUAAUAAUUGGCCAACUCCUACCAAUGUAAGUGAGGUGAGAAGUUUCCAUGGCUUGGCAAGCUUUUAUAGGUGUUUUGUCAAGGAUUUUAGCACAAUUACUGCCCCACUUACGUCCAUUGUCAAGAAAAAUGUGCAAUUUCAUUGGGGCGAAGACCAAGCUAAGUCCUUCCAAUUACUUAAAUACAAGCUCACACAUGCACCUGUUCUUAGUUUACCUAAUUUUGACAAAGCUUUUAAAGUAGAGUGUGAUGCUUCUGGUAUAGGUAUUGGAGUUGUUCUACUCCAAGAGGGUCGCCCGGUUGCCUACUUUAGCGAGAAGUUGAAUGGAGCUGCUCUCAACUACUCAACCUAUGAUAAGGAACUAAUGGCCUUGGUACGGGCUCUCCAAACAUGGCAACAUUACCUACGCCCUCGUGAGUUUGUCUUGCACACCGACCAUGAGUCGCUCAAGCAUAUCAAAUCCCAAGAUAAGUUGAGUAAGCGACAUGCACGAUGGAUUACAUUCAUUGACAGUUUUACCUUUGUGAUCAGAUACAAGGCAGGUAAGACGAAUGUAGUGGCUGAUGCACUCUCGAGAAGGCAUACCCUUAUCACUACAUUAGAUGCUAAGUUGCUUGGGUUUGAAUUCCUUAAAGAAUUUUAUGCAACUGACUCCGAUUUUGGUGAGAUUUUUAACUCUUUGCCACGACACUCUCGUGAGCAUUAUUUCAUCUCUCAGGGGUUCUUAUACUACAAAGACAAGCUUUGCAUUCCCAAGAGCUCCAUGCGCACGCUUCUAGUACGGGAAGCUCAUGGAGGUGGUUUAAUGGGGCAUUUUGACAUUGCCAAGACCUUGAUGAUUCUCCAAGAGCAUUUCUUCUGGCCCCGCAUGAGGAGUGACAUGGAAAGGCACAUUGAAAGGUGUGUGACUUGUCACCAAGCGAAAUCAAAGGUACACCCUUAUGGUCUCUAUACACCUUUGCCUAUUCCACAUGCACCAUGGGUUGAUCUGUCGAUGGAUUUUGUGCUUGGUCUCCCUAGGACUAGAAAAGGACAUGAUUCAAUUUAUGUGGUAGUUGACCGCUUCUCCAAAAUGGCCCAUUUUAUUCCUUGUCUCAAAACAGAUGAUGCUAAGCAUGUUGUAGAUUUAUUCUUUCGUGAGAUAGUUAGAUUACAUGGCAUGCCUCGCACUAUUGUUUCUGAUAGGGACGCCAAAUUCCUUAGCUAUUUUUGA